CCACGAUGCUAAUGCCAUCUCUAACCGCUUGUUAUUUUGAAAGCACCUUGCUGCCUUAAAACGAUUUAUUUUUAAUUUAAAUUGCAACAAAUCCGAUAAAAAUGAUAGGAAGCAAGAAAAAAACAAAGAAAGGAAAUGUCCUUAAGGAAAUCGCCGACAAUUUUGAACAGCUGACCAGCAAUCCAGAACGCUUUCUCAAACCCCAGCCGGAGCAGAUUGAAGCCAUUGAACAGCUCAUCCAGCAAACGUACAGCGUUAGCAUUAGCGGAGAUGUGGCAAACAAAAAGGAUUUACUUCAGGAAUUGGUUCUGGAGCAGAUGGAUGAGGAGCAGAUUUGGCAGCAGUUGGAAAUGCGCAAUGAGCUAGUCUUCCAGCAGCUAUUGGAACAGACUGCACAGAUGACGGCGAUACGGGAACAGCACUUGGGUAUUGAGCUGGACGAGGGCGAGGAACAAGAGGAGGAUCUAGACGUGGAGGCUGAGAAUGGAGAAAUAGACGCUGAGGAGUCGGAUGAGGAUCCCGAAUCGGAUGCGAGCUUCGACGAAGGCUUGUCUGCCAAAAAGAAAUCGCAACCAAAGAAGGAAAAAGGCAACAAGCGAUUGCGCAACUCUAUAGUGGAUGACACCUUUUUCAAGUUGCAAGAAAUGAACGAGUUUCUGGAGCAGGAAGACGCUAAGGAGAUGCGUCGGAUGAACAACAAGCGCGGAGGGGAACAGGCAGAGGAAAUAGAUCACUUCGCUGAGGAUUUCGGACUUGGAGAAGACGAGGAAGAUGAUGAUGGAAACGUAAACUAUGCGGAUUUCUUUGAAAUGGACGAGGAACUGGAAAGGAAGUCUCAAAAAUUGAACAAAGGCAAGACUAAGAAUUUCUUUAAUGAAGAUGAGAGUGACAAAGAAGAGAAGGAAGAUGAUGAGGACGAAGAAAACCAAGAGGAUUUGGAGGAAGCAGAAGGAAGUGAAGAAGAACACGAUCCCGAAGAGAAUCAGGAAGAAGCCGCUAGUGAAAUUUAUGAAUCGGAAUUCGUUUCUAAAAGCGGCAUAGAACCGGCCAGCGGUUCCGACUCCGACUCUGACAAGGAAGGCAGUGAUGAGGAAGAAGAUAACCACAAAGUAGCAGAUCCUCCUUCUCAGUCCUCCAAUGAGCUCAGAGAAGCUCGUCUCUUUCAACGCAUUCGCGAUUAUGAGGAUGUCGUACUUGGCGAGAAGCCUUGGCAACUUAAGGGUGAAGUCCAAGCAGCCAAUCGUCCUCAAAAUUCAUUGCUGGAGGAGAUUCUCGAUUUCGAUUCCACAACACGACCCACAGCGCCUAUUACGGAGGAGGACAAUCGUUCAAUUGAGGACAUAAUCAAACAGCGUAUUCGAGACAAGGCAUGGGACGAUGUUGUCCGCACUGUUCGUCCUGUAAACACACCCCAGGAGUACCGAAAGCAGUUGAUUCUGGAUCAGGAAAAGUCAAAACAAUCCCUGUCGCAAAUAUAUGAAGCACAGUAUCAGCGUGAGCUCGACAAACUCGAUCCAAAUCGCGAUGCUGAUGACAACAGUGGUCCAGAGCCAAAGGAGCACCAAGAAAUAAAAAAGGCAAUGCGUUCAUUAUUCCUCAAGUUGGACGCCUUGUCGAACUUCCACUUUACACCCAAGCCAGUCGCUCCGGAGGCUAGGAUAGUAACUAACACCCCAGUUGUACAUAUGGAGGAGGUGGCCCCCGUGGCGGUUAGUGAUGCUAAUCUGCUGGCUCCUGAGGAAGUGUUCCAAGGUCCGAAAACAGCUCCACUUGGCAAGUCGGAGCGCAGUCGUACCGAUAAGAACCGAGAGCGCCGCAAGAAGAAGCAAAAGCAGAGGGCGAUUCAUACGGCGUUGGAGCAGCGUGAUCUCCAACGCGCCAAGGAGGGCAAGGCGCCUACAAAGAAAGAGGCGGAUGCCAAGCUUCUCAAGACUAUCACCAAGAGUCGCAAUGUACAAAAGAUCACCGCUAGUAGCAAUGACCAAGGUGCCCUGAAGUCUUCAAAGGCGUUCUUCAACAAACUGCAGGACACCACGGCAGCCACAGCUUCCAACAAGCGGCCUAAAAAGGAUGUAACCAAGGCGAAUGCCAAGAAGCUAAAGCUUUAAAUGUAGAUAAUAAGUAAUCUUUAACUGUUGAUUAACAUCGCCCAGCAAAGUUUCUUCCUCGCCAGUCACGUGGCGGCAAAUGGACACAACCGCACGCACACGGUCUCAAAGGCUGCCUCCCAUCUUUAGGAAUAACUUUUGCAGGACGACUAUUUCCAUAGGGGUCAUCAAUUUGAAGCUCCCUGGGAGCUGCCAUGCGUCGGCAUUUGGCAGGCUCCCUGCGAGAACAUCCUUUUGCGUGUGUGUUUCUGUGGGCGUGAGAGUGCGGCCAAGGACAUUUGGUAUCCUGGAGAGCGAUUAGGCACGCGUGUAAUGUAAAG